GCAGGAGCCGAACAGAGCCUGACCGUAGCUCGCUGCAUAUUUGUGUAGGAGUCACUACGGCGGGUAGUUUCCACACGCAGCUCCGGGGUGUUGAAGGUGGUUGAAACGGGCCCAACCAGAGACUCUUCUGAAGGGAAGAUAAGACAUGGCUCCGCCCUCCGGCUCCGCUCCGCUGCGCUUUCUGGAGCCUCAGUAAAAAAAAGGAUGUUGGAAGAGAGAAAGCGGGAAGUGGAGUCACACGGCUUGUCACUAACUAAACGUACUGUAGCUUUUCGGAUAUUUACCACCUGCUCAUGAAUAAAAAGCCAACUACUUUUUCUUGGAGCACUUUGACAGGAUGGAAUCUCAGGUAGGGGAGGAGCCACCUCCAAACGGAGGACAAAGGGAUAGUCGUCUAAAGAGCAAGAAGCCCCCCAGCCUUACGAUAGCCAUUCCUCCCCCUGACAACACAAUGUCCAGUGAUCCUGCCAGACAGCCUCUUCGACCGUCGCUGAAAAAGAGCGUGAGCGGCCAGGGUCCUGGUUCUACGUCCGACAGCACCGCCGGAGUCGAAGAUGGAGACUUUUCAGCCAGAGACAGGAGGUUGAAGUUUGGUAGACAAACGUCACUUUCGCAAAGCAUCCGAAAAAAUGCUGCUGAGUGGUUUGGUGUUGGUGAAGACUGUGAGACAAAGCAGCAGGUAUGGCACAGGAAGAGUCUGCGCCACUGCAGCCAGCGCUACGGCAAGCUAAAGGCCCAGUAUAGGGAACCAGAGACGGCAUCCACCAUGGACCAGAAUCCAGACUCGCCAGCCACCACCAAGCUGCCUAGGAUUGUGGACCCCCUGGCACGAGGCAGAGCUUUCCGUUACCCAGACGAGAUGGACAGUGGUUUACCCAGAACACCUCAUACAACUCAUGGGGGUCCCUUCACACCAGGGGUCACCUCACUGAGCUCCUUCACCAGCCAGCGCUCGGGGUACUGCCGCUUCCCCAGACGGAAGAGGGAGUCUGUCGCCCGCAUGAGCAUCAGAGCUGCAUCCAACCUGCUGAGGGGUCGUAGUGGGUUGGCAGGCUCACACGCUGGCCGUGGCGUCCCCAGGAGGAGCUUCCUCCAGGCCAGCUGGAUGGAAGAGGACACUGUGGAUUCAGCAGACACAUCUGCAUCACUUUUCUUCAGCAAGGUUGAUGCCCACGAGGAGAUGUACUCCAUGGCUGAUGAUGUGUUUGAAUCACCUCCCAUGUCGGCCUCUGUUGCUUUUAGCGAGCAGCCGGAACCCAAGUUCCCCAGCCUGAUCAGUUCAGACAGUAAGGACGUGUCUCGGACCCCAAAGACCCCCAUCGUAGUCGCAGAAAAGGGCCAUCCUCAUCGUGGUCGACGCAUCGCCUCCCAAGUAAAACAUUUUGCGUUUGACAAAAAGAAGCGUCACUACGGUAUGGGUGUGGUGGGGACGUGGUUGAAUCGACACUACCGACGCAGCCUUAGCAGCAACAUCCAGAAGCAGCUGGACGACUUCCACAGCCACAGGCCCUACUUUACCUACUGGAUAACAUUUGUCCACGUACUUAUUACACUGCUGGCCUGCUGCACAUAUGGUUUUGCCCCUGUGGGGUUUUCACAGCACUCCAAAACUGAACUGGUGCUGAGGAACAAAGGCAUUUAUGAAAGUGUGAAGUUUAUCCAACAGGAGAACUUCUGGAUCGGCCCUAGCUCUGAGGAUCUAAUCCACCUCGGCGCCAAGUUCUCACCCUGCAUCCGACAGGACGCCCAGAUAGUCCAUCUGAUCCAGAAAGACAAAAACCUGGAAAGAGAAUCAGGCUGCUGCAUUCAGAAUGACAACUCUGGAUGUGUGCAGACCCUCAGAGCCGACUGCUCGGAGACGCUGGCCACUUUUAAGAAAUGGAGCAAUGAAUCUGUGGGCAUCAUCAGAUCUUCUGGCUCCGUCUGUCAUCAGGAUCCCAGAGUGUGUGAGGAGCCCGCCUCAGCAACGUUUCAUACAUGGCCAGACGACAUCACCCAGUGGCCGGUCUGCACAGAUCCCAGGAAGUGGAACAGCACAGGCUACAGACACAUGGACUGUACUAUUAAAGGGCGACCCUGCUGCAUAGGCACCAAGGGCAGAUGUGAGAUCACUACCAGAGAGUACUGCACUUUCAUGCACGGUUACUUCCAUGAGGAGGCCACGCUCUGCUCACAGGUCCACUGUCUGGAUGAUGUCUGCGGCUUGCUGCCCUUCCUGAAUCCAGACAUUCCGGAUCAGUUCUACCGACUGUGGCUCUCUCUCUUCCUCCAUGCCGGGCUCUUUCACUGUGUGGUGUCAGUGGUGUUCCAGAUGACCAUCCUGAGGGACCUGGAGAAGCUGGCAGGUUGGGCCCGGAUCUCCAUCAUUUACAUCUUUAGUGGCAUAACGGGUAACCUUGCCUCUGCCUUAUUCCUGCCCUACAGAGCUGAGGUUGGUCCGGCAGGAUCCCAGUUUGGACUUCUUGCUUGCCUCUUCGUUGAGCUUUUCCAAGGUUGGCAGAUGCUGGAAAAGCCCUGGAAGGCCUUCCUCAAACUCCUGGGCAUUGUGCUCUUCCUCUUCCUGUGUGGCCUUCUGCCGUGGAUCGACAACAUCGCCCACAUCUUUGGCUUUAUCGCUGGCAUGCUGCUGUCCUUCGCCUUCCUGCCCUACGUUACCUUCGGAACCUUUGACAAAUACCGCAAGCGGAUCCUCAUCGCUUUCUCCUUGCUUGCCUACGUCGGGCUCUUCUCUUCCCUCAUGGUUUGGUUUUAUAUUUACCCAAUUAACCUCCACUGGCUGGAGCAUCUCACCUGCCUUCCCUUCACAAGCAAGUUUUGUGAAAAGUAUGAUAUAGACCACAACAUUAACGACGUGGUGCGCUAAUCUUCAGGUCUGCUCUCUGUAUGAGAGUUCGCUUCCGGGUCAUGUGUUUUGUAAGAAUUUGAACAUUAGAAUUUUUAUCUUAUGAAUCAAACUGAACGCUUCCCCUCUCCCUGAUCUACUGGCUCCGACUCCUAGAACUCAUUCAAGCAUUCCAGUCCUCAGGCAGGUCUGGCAUAACCAGGUUUUGGGCAUUUCCUCAACUCCCCAGAAUCAAAAGGACAAGAAAAUACAGUUUCAUCGAGGGUCACAUCAAUAGAGAAUAUGGGAGCACCUCUGCCCUACAGUCGCCGUCCCUUUCAGUCAGCAGGCAAUGCUCACCUCGGGGAGGCAAAGCACAGACUGUUGUUUCAAGGAAUUUUAAAUGAAAAUGCCUCAGAUACUUCCUAUGAGUAAUUCUUCUUCUCAGUAUUUGCUUUCAACACUACAAAAGAAGUCUGUGGUCCUGCUGCUCUUUGAUAAAGUAAAACAUUUUUUCUUGUGGCCUGUUGUAAGGAUGUAAAGAAUGGUUAAUGCUCCAAUAAUGUCCAAGGGUAAAGGACUAUUUCACUUUUUUCCCCCAGAUUUCAGCCCUUUUUUUAAUCAGCUGUAGUAAAAAAAAAAAAAAACACCUUGAAGCCUGUACAUAAUUAUCCUACACUGCAUAUGUGUUUUUUUUACAUAUAGUGUGGAAUCUUUGAACCCUUUGUUGCAAUCACUUCAAAGGUUCCAAAAAGUGUAAUUUUCUUUCUGCUUUUCACCCCCUUAGACAGCCUUGGAUCAGGUACUGUGCUCUGCUAAAGUAUUCACACCCUUUCAACUGUUCCACAGCGCCUUUUUUGGGAUUCAAUGUAAAAGACCAACACAAAGCAUCAUAUAAUUCUGAACAAGGAGGAAAAUAUGUGGUUUAAAUAUUUUUACAAAAAAAAAAAAACAUCAAAAUGGUGCAGCCAUUUGUCUUCAGAAUGAAUUUAUUAAGAGAACCUGUCUGUGUGUAAUUUAACCUCAGGAUAAAUACAGAUGUGAACUAGCAGAGACCAAGGAACACAGCAGACAACACCAUCCCCAUAUGGAAGCAAGAUUGUGGCAGCAUCAUGCUGUGGAGAUGAGUUUUUUGAGAAAGGACUGACAAAAUGCUCAUAAUUGAUGGGUAACUAGAUAGAAAUAAAUAUAAAACCUUACUUGAAGAAAACCUGUUGAUGGCUGCAAAAACAUGAGACUGGAGUGAAAGUUUACCUUCCAACAGGACAGUGACCCAGAACGUAGAACCAGAACUAUAUCCAUGUGUUAAAAUGGCCCAGUCAAAGUCUAGACCUAAAUCCAGUAUAGAAUCUGUGACAAAACUUUUCUUUCAUUUUGACAGCAGUAGAGCUAUUUUGAAAAGAUUUGGCAAAAUUUUCAGUCUCCAGAAAAAUAGCUGAUAAAGACAUAUCCCAAAAGACUUGAAGUUGUAAAUGCAGCAAAGGUGGUUCUACAAAGUAUGGACUUUGAGGAGUGGUCUACUAAUCUACACCAUUCUUCACAUUUUUACAUUUCAAAAAUCCUGAAAACCAAGUAGAAUUCUCCUUCCCCUUCAAAAUUAUGCACUGCUUAAUUGUGAUCACAUAAAAAUUCCCCCAACAAACUGUGAAAAACAUCAAGUUGUAUGAAUACUUUUGCACGGCACCCUGCAGUUUUAAAACCAUAAAAAUAGAAAAACUUUGAAAAAACCCUUUUCUUAACUGCUGAAUUAAAAAAGCACUAAUCGAAUGCAAACCUCAUCAUCGUAGGCAUUGCUGACCGUAUGUUCCAUAUAGCGAUCUAAAUAUGCAGCUGCAAAAGUUAAAGUGAAAGAUCAGUCGUCCACUCUGAUACCACUUGCUGCCUUAAACAAACAGAUGUCUCACUACUAUGGAUCCUUCUAUGGAAGAACUUUGUGAAUUAUAAAGCAAACAUGUCCGUGGCCCUCCCCACAAGCUGCUUUUUCAUGCUCAGAUAUUUAGCUUGCAUUUUACUGUCACAAAUAUUUUGUCCCUCCAUAGAAUGUCUAUAUUUGUGUGAUACCUUGAUGCCACUCUCCAUGAUCAUAUUUAUUUUAGGAUUAAACUCUACAAAGCUUUUUUAUUGUAAGUUUUACCACUGAGGUAAGACGAUUGGUCCAUUUUUCCCUCUUUAUUUCCGUGCCAGCUUCUUGCUUCCAUUGAUUCAUGGCUGUCCAUGUUGCUGUUUUAACGGGUCCAUGACAAUGUGAGGAGGGAAAGUGUGAGAACUCUGAAAGGUGAAACAUUUUUUACAGGAUGUAAGUAUUUGGCUAAGUCUCGGCCCGCUGCUGCUUGAAAAGCCACAGUAAUGUGAGGAGGAUUAUGUAGGCUUAGUAAGAUCAGUGAGACUGACUCACCAAUCAUCUGGUAUUUAUGAGAAAACGAGUGAUAAACAUGGUUAAACAGGAUUUUUUUUCGGGAAACCUUACUGUGUCUUUUAGUAUCUGAGCGAGUGAAACAGCUCACAUCAAUCAUUAAGACUCCACGCUGCGGCUCCACUGCUGUGUGUCAGGACCAAAUAGUUCAUAUUGGGGCUUUUCUAUUUAUUUGAGGGUAAAAAAGGGAACAUUUCUAUUAAACCGUCAUGGUGAUGGCCUUGAUGCUGUUCUGGUUUGCUUCACUUUUAAUAAAGCUGUUAAAAAUGUUGAUUUAAAGAAGCCAUUUUAAAAUAAACACCACUAAAGUAUA